AUGCCAGGGCCAGCUGUGUAUGUUGCAGUGGUAGUGGGAACUGCUGCUGCCGGAUUUGCAUUUAAACAUUUCGUCUACGACCCACACAUCGCGCCCAAGAUCGAUGUUUGGAAACACGAAUUCAGAGCUAGACGUCAGGCUAGACGUAGAAGGCGACAGGGGCCUGUACCCGUCGCGGUUGCGCUAAACAGUGCUCGUAAAGAGUCUAAAGACAGGGUUUCAGACAUCUCUGGCAGCGACGACUCGGAUGAUGCUCAUGUCGACAGACGGUUGUACGAGCUGGAAAACAUGGUCACACAGGAGGUCCUAGACUGGCGAAGUGAGGUCGAUCGAGCUGCAACGUUGAGGAAGAGAAAACCAAGGAAUGUUGAUGAUCACUCAGUUGUCAGCGGAAGCACCACUUCAUGGUCGCUGCCUCAGAAUGCUCAGAUUACACUGGAUAAUGCAAUCCCAUCCCAGAUUGUUGUCGAUUUCGGCUCUGAAUCAACAUCAACCAUCCCUUCUCGGCAAUCCUCUCACACGAGAAGCCCGCAAGUCUCCACUCUACGAUCGUCCACCUCGCGGUCUACGCUUCGAUCGCCUCAGUCAAGAGACGUUCAGUUGGCUGAGACAAGGAUCUCACCCCCAACACCCACCUGUUCUAACUUUUCGUGUACGGAAUCCGAUGGCCAUUCCCAUACUAUAGCUUCUGCAUCUCCGCCCGUCUCUUCUCCUAGUCAUGUUCCGAGUCUUUCAUUAUCGCAUCCUGUCGAUCUGGACCGGGAACAUGACAUCGAGUUGUUGUCAGCGCCGUCUUCACGGCCAGACUCGCCGUUCUCCGCUCUCUCGCAGCCGUCAUCUAUUGGUGGUUUCAGUGCUGGAAGCCAUGAAGGGCGAACUAGUCCGGCUCAUUUAACGAAUUCACCACCUUUGCCUCCCCUUCCCGGUAUCGCGCAAUUAUUACCCCCUCCGGACCCGUCUCAAUCCUCCUCCCCUUCACUUCAGUCUCUCUCAGAGAUAAAUUCGUUCUAUCAGGCUCCAACGACUACAAUUAUGGGCACCAUUCCUGUUUCCCGGUCAGAGUCCGAACUGGAGUUUCUGUCUUUUGACGGUAACGGGAAUAGCACUCGAAAUUCUAGCUCCGAUAAUAUCUCUUCCAUGUCAUCUCACGAUCGCAUGUCGGUGCAAUCGUUCAAUGCGACAGAUGACGACGGCUUUGAUGUCAGGGAUCUGGCUAGUGAUUUUGGAGGAAGUGAAGCAUCUAUGGACUUCAGUUGGGCUAGUCUUAGCGAUGCUGGCUCCAGCCCAAGUGCAUCCCAAGGUAAUAGGGGACCACGGUAG